AUGGCAGAAGAGCCAGCAUUACCAGGUCCUCAGGAUGCGCCUGGCGAGGCUGCUAAAGAGGAUGGUAGCCCCACUGAGGAGGCCGAGGAGGUUGAAGAUGAUGGUGAGCUUCCAGCCAUGAAGUUCAGAAACUAUCUUCCCCAUGAUGAGCAACUCCGAGGUGGCAAGCUGGCUCCAGUGUCUCUUCCUAAGUUUGAAGACCCAAUUAGUGCUGAAACUGCAGAACCAAAGGAAGUGGAGAAUCCUUUUGGAAACAUAGCUCCAAAGAAUCCAAAUUGGGAUCUGAAACGUGAUGUGCAGAAGAGAAUUGAUAAACUGGAAAGGCGCACACAGAAAGCAUUGGCUGAGAUUGCAUUGGAGCAGCAGAGGGAGAAGGAAGCCUUGGAGGAAUCUCAAGAUUGA